AUGGCGGACCAAGUGGACUGGCUGCCCGACCUUGCAGCAUUAGCAUUGCUUACUGUAGCAGUGCAUUAUGUUCUAGGCCUGUGCGGUCUACUAGGUGUACUGCUAAUCUUCAUCUUACUAGAACACGGUCCAAAUCUCACGCAGCUUCGGCUUAACAAGACGGUGGACGAGCGGACGCCGUCCGCUCGUACGUCCACUGUAGUGGACGACGAAGAAGAGCCUCGGAAUGAAGAGGAGGAAGAACCACAGCGUGUAAUACGCCGUCGUAUCGCUAACCUCAUGGUCCGUGACGUCGGUAGCAUAGGCACACCACGUGAGAUGCUGGAAAUGAACACCCGUACACCCGUCGCAUUUGAGACGGACCUUUUUGCUGGUCGUGCACUCUUUCUCGUGCGUACACAACCAGAAGAUCCAUAUUAUGCUGCUCUCUUUGCUGGUAAACGUCGGAUGUUUUGGAUUCAAGUCCAGGGUCAUUUUAAAAAGACUGUACAAGGUCCUGUCUAUCUUGGAGGAGAAUUACCAUCGAGGAUCGCUCCUGGUCUCUUUACACGGAGUGUAGCCCUUGUGAUUAUGCGGUUAAUAAGGAGAUUAGUGGGACAUGUGAGUUUUCGCUUUGGGAGUGCUACAGACAGUGAAGAUGUUGAUGAAUUACCGGCCGUUGCGUUCCCUUUGUUUCAAUCAGUGGAUCAGUUUGUAAAGACACUUGAAGGAGAGAUACCACCGAUAUUGGGGACAGAUGAUUUUGGAGAAAGUGAAGAGCAGCGGACUAAGAGAAGACAGACACCAUUGGGUGAAGAGAGCUAUGAAGCUGGACCGACGUACACUUUUGAUUUUCAUACCAUGUACGUUGAUUUAACAAAGUGGAAAACGGCAAAUUUACCUGGUGGACUCAAUGCAAUGGAUCUUGCGAGAUUUUUUGACUCUUUACCAUUACGUCUUGUGGCGUAUCAAGUUCAUUCUAAGGAAGUGGAAAGCUUUGAAAGUCAUUGUCAGCGGGACAAGGAGUAUUUGUUCUCGUUUGAAGUCAAACAUGACAAGCAUAGUACUCAUCUUUGUAAUGGCUUUGACGUUACGGCGGAGGAAGCUUUGAGAGAAGGUGCUGGACGAAACAAUGGAAGAGAAUCGACUGUUUCUGGAAUUGGCUUGAGUGUUGCGGGUUCAGAAAUGAGCACAAUGAGUACGACACUAAGUGAUGCCAGCUCCAUGACGGAAGAGGAUCCGGUGCUGGCACAGGAACAAGCAGAUUUCUUACGACUUGAACACGCUCGUCGACUUGGACAGCUUUCGUUUUCUUAUCUAUGCUGGAUGGAGGAAGUCGACGUGGCUUCGGAUGUACGCCGUGUACACUACGUGUUUGCUGUGAAAGACAAGGUUGGUGAGUAUGAUGAUGGAGAUGAUGAGCUAGCAAAACCCCUGUCCCGUUACCGUCUUGCCAUUGUAAGCAGCUAUGAGCUGCGCAACUUGCUGCAAGGUCGUCACAUUCCAAAAUGCGGCAAGGCAGCUAAAGAGCUGGCCAAAUUGCGUUUUCACAGUCGCUCACGUAUUGGUAGCUACAGCACGAUCUCGACUGAAGCACAGCAAGCUGUGAUGCAUCUCCAAAGGCUGGCUAGAGAGCCAAUUCCAUCAUCGGUAUUGCCAUUGUACUCGGGCGAUUGUCAAAGUGACACUGAUACAUUAGAUGGAAGACGUAUUGGAGACGUCCAGAAGACUCUAGACGAGGUCCGUUUAGUUGCAGCCCAGGCUUCACUUUACAAAUGCCUCACGAAGCGUCAGAGACUGCAAGAAGCGUAUACUUCCAGUACCAAAUUGUCUCCAUCUCGAAUCGGCGUGAAUCGUAGCAGGCGCGACCGCGAAGACAUGGGAGUGGUGUUUGAAGGCGUGGUGUACCGCUACUACUCAGCUGAGUUUUUACGACAGGAGGUUUUGCUGCUCACAAAGGACACUUUGCUGUUUUACCGUUCGUACGCUUCCAGCGCUGAGAAGCAGGUGUCAAGCUCGCACAUCAUUGGCGUUCGAGCUGUCGAGAUACCUUCGAUUGCAGCAUAUGUCGAUGGUACCAGUGGCACAGAUGGCGCCUUUGCGCUGCAGAUCAGUACGUUUGCAGAGGAAAUCGUGCUGUGUGUUGGCACGAAUUCCACACGGGAUGCUUGGGUGCGAGGCAUUUUGCAAUACUGCGAGCCCCUGAGCAACUUUGAUCAUGCGCAGCAGGGCGAGAUGUACAUCGAAUUUGCUGCCACUACUGCGCUUCGGCCCGCUAAUCGCGUCGAACUCAACUCGCGAUUAAUGUUUCCACUAUUGAAACUUCAGAAAGCACAAAGAGGUGCUGCCAGUGACCUAUCAGACGUCGAAAUGUUUGCUGCUGGUACCGUUUCUAGUGCACUAAAGCUCGUGAAACGUACGCUGAUGCGUGCACUGCACAUUCUCAACAACGCACAGAAGCUAUCAGUGACGGAAGUACUGGCGUUCUUAGAUGACGCUAGUGCUUUGCGAGCAGUGGACUUGAAGCUGCUACAAGAUUCUGGUACCCACGAAGAGCAGGUGGCUUUCUAUUUGAAUUUGUACCAUACUGUGCUCGCACAUGCAAUGAUUGCUCAAGGCUUUCCGCGUGGUAAAGGCCAGUGGGGUCACUUUUUAACACGGACAUGCUACGCACUGGGCUGUGGACCGGAGGGAGGUCAGGUUAGUCUGUCACUGGCAGAGAUCGAACACGUGAUCCUACGUGCUCGCUUACCCCAUGCCGAUGUACCCUAUCUGAGUGUGAAUAGCGUUUUGACGCUAGCGAACGAACCAGCGAGUCGACUCCAGAAUCUUGGAAUUGCACAUCCGGAUUUCCGUCUCAGUCUCGCGCUGGUACUGAACCACCCUGGUAGCGAAAAAGUCGUGAUAUAUGAUCCGGCACACGUACACGACCAGCUGAAUGCAACUGUGCGCUCGUUGCUUAUGCGCUCUAGUGCACAAGGGCACUUGGAGAUAAAGAAGGACCCAAAUACUAUCGUGCUGCCGCGCGUGUGCGAAUGGUACUGUCGUGAUUUCGGUGGAGCUGCUUCUGAUACGUCCGCAAUCUUCUGCGUUCGCAAGCUAUUGGGAUAUAUGGAUGACAGAUUGCAGCUACAGGUGAUUGAUGCCAUGGGUCUUGACGACACUCCUCUCCGCACCAAUUUCCGGUCUUUCAAGUACACGCCAAAGAUCACGCUGGAGGAAGACAAGAGUUGGCAGCCAUUAGUGCUUGACGAGACCAGCGCUAGCAGCAUCGAUUUUGCCCAGACUGGAGAAGGCGGCGGAAUGACGCAACUCUAG